UUCCGGGAGGCUCCCCUGAGCCUCCGUUCCGCUCCGGGAUGGCCUCCCCCGGGCACCGCGACGCACCGGAGCUGCCCGACUUCGGCCUCCUGAAGCGCCUCGCCCGGGACCAGCUCGUGUAUCUGCUGGAGCAGCUGCCCGGGAAGAAGGACCUGUUCAUCGAGGCUGACCUGAUGAGCCCGCUGGACCGCAUCGCCAACGUCUCCCUCCUCAAGCAGCACGAAGUGGACAAGCUCUACCGCGUGGAGAACAAGCCGGCCCACAGCUCCAGCGACCAGUUGUGUUUCUUAAUCCGGCCGCGCAUCAGGAGCGUAAAGUAUGUGGCAGACGUCGUCAACGCUGACAAGGCUACUGGGAGGACUCGCAAGUACAAGAUUAUCUUCAGCCCUCAGAAGUUCUAUACGUGUGAGAUGGUCCUGGAAGAAGAGGGGAUCUAUGGGGAUGUAACCUGGGAUGAGUGGUCCUUUUACCUGCUCCCUUUGGAUGAUGACAUCAUCAGCAUGGAGCUGCCUGAGUUUUUCCGUGACUACUUCCUGGAAGGGAAUCAGUGCUGGAUCAGUACCGUGGCCAAGGCUUUGCACUUAUUGAACUCGCUCUUUGGACCAUUUACCAGGACCUACGGGAUUGGCCGAUGUUCCAAGAUGGUCCAUGAAAUCUGGCGUGAGGUCACGGAGGAGAGUGAAGGCGACAGCUUGGGUCGGAAGCCAGAAAUUGGCCAGGUUUUCCUCCUGGACCGAGAUGUGGAUUACAUCACAGCCCUCUGCUCUCAGGUUGUAUAUGAAGGCCUGGUGGAUGAUACCUUCCGCAUCAAGUGUGGGAGUGUGGACUUUGGCCCAGAUGUUACUUCCUCUGAUCGGAGCAUCAAAGUCCUGCUGAAUGCUCAGGACAAGGUGUUCGGCAAGAUCCGCAAUGAGCACUUCUCCAAUGUUUUUGGCUUCCUGAGCCAGAAGGCACGGAACUUGCAGGCCCAGUAUGACCGACGCCGUGGGAUGGAUAUCAAACAAAUGAAGACUUUUGUGUCCCAAGAACUGAAGGGCUUGAAGCAGGAGCAUCGCCUGCUGAGCCUACAUAUUGGUGCCUGUGAAUCCAUCAUGAAGAAGAAAACCAAACAAGAUUUCCAGGAGUUGCUGAAGACGGAACAUGCUCUUUUGGAAGGGUUUGAUGUCCGAGAGAGCAUUGGCUUCAUCGAAGAGCACAUCAACCGGCAGGUCUCCCCCACAGAGAGCCUGCGUUUGCUGUGCCUGCUGUCCAUCACAGAGAAUGGACUUGCCCCCAAGGACUACCGCUCCCUCAAAACCCAGUACCUACAGAGCUACGGACCAGAACACUUGCUCACCUUUCACAACCUCAAGCGCCUGGGGCUGCUGAUGGAGCAGGUGCCUGGGGAGACCCUGACAGCAGUGGAGAACAAAGUCAGCAAGCUGGUGACUGACCGAGCGGCAGGGAAGCUCUCAGAUGCCUUCAGUUCCCUGGCCAGAAAGAGCAACUUCCGAGCCUUAAGCAAGAAGUUGGGGCUGAUCCCACGUGUGGCUGGAGAGUACGAUUUGAAAGUCCCCCGCGACAUGGCCUACGUCUUCAGCGGUGCCUAUAUCCCACUGAGUUGCAAGAUAGUUGAGCAGGUUCUGGAGCGCAGGAGCUGGCUGGGCCUAGAGGAGGUGAUACGGCUGCUCAGCGGAAAUGAGUUCAUUGCCACAGAUACAGCAACAGAGGAUAACCCUAGGGACUUCCAGCGCAUCAUCCUGGCCGUCUUCUUAGGCGGGUGCACCUUCUCUGAAAUCUCCGCUCUCCGCUUCCUGGGAAAAGAAAGAGGAUUCAGGUUUAUAUUCCUGACAACAGCCAUCACUAACAGUGCACGAUUGCUGGAAUCCAUGAUAGAGACAAGGGCCUGAUGAGGCCUUCUGACCAGAUGCUUCCUGCCUUUGGCCACGUUGUGAGAAUGGAGGGCACCGAUCUUCCUCGCUGGCUGAACUUCCCUCUCACUAACUGCCUUGCUUGAACCUCAGGCUGCCCCUGGAAGGGGCAUCUCUAGGUGGAGACCACACGUCCUCCUGCCACAAGAUGUAUGCGCCUGCCUCCCCGCCUGCAGCAGCAUUCUUACCACCUCCUCCAUUUUCCCAGCUCAUUGUACUCAGCAGGACUGAGGUUGUGCUGUCUGAGUUUCUUGUUCUGGUUUGUCAUCAGAAUAGACAGUGGUCAAGUC